AUUUUUUUUUCUCUUUGAUUUUAUAAUCUACCAGUCUUCUAUUGUCUAUUAACUUAUGUGAAGCGAAUGUGUUCGCUGCCAUUUUCUCUCGGAUAAUCUUUAUUGGGAAAUAAAUUAACUAACAAAAAGCAAAAUGCCUGAAAUGAUCAAAACUGCCGCUGACAUCAAAACAGCACCUUUCGACCCACGUUUUCCUAACACAAACCAAACAAGGCACUGCUACCAAAGCUAUAUAGACUUCCACCGUUGCCAGAAGGUACGCGGCGAAAGCUACGAGCCAUGCAACUACUUCAAACGCGUCUACAAAUCCCUGUGCCCCAAUGAAUGGGUCGACAAAUGGGACACACAACGUGAAGAAGGCACCUUCGCAGGAAGAAUCUAAGCUUUCGAUCGCCUAUUAUAUGUUAAUUUUAUUUAAUUCCCCGUUAGGUUGGCUCGUGAUGUAGUAUUAAACGGUCAGAGUACA